AUGGGCAACUACAAAUCCGACGCAGUCGCAAAAGCCUUCCAAUGCUUUGUUGGAGCAUGGGGAUUCAUCAAUGCAACCCAACAGGACUGUGACGGGAACAUCCUUCCCGACUGGCACGGGCCCCACCCCAGCGGUAUCUCCGUCUACAGUCCGUCAGGCUACAAUUCGUUCAUCAUCACGGCCAACGACAAGACGGAGUGCGAAUACCGACCGACCGACGUGAGCCUACCGGCGCGGCGAGGCGACUCGGAGGUGACAUGGGCAACCAUCGCACAGCACAGCCUUGCGGCUGGCGGACCGUUCUGCAUCGUCAACGCCACCGACUGCCCCCUCGACGACGACGACGACUACAAUGACCACGACCGGGGCUACUAUGACAACAACUGGAAGACUCACCACGACGAUGACAACAAGUGGGAGAAGUGGGGAGACAAGAACGAGAACGGCUACUACAAGAAGAGGAACGACAGAGACGACUACGGCAACGGCGGCUACGGCGGCGACGACUACGGCACCCACUACAAGCAGGACUACGGCGGCGACUACAAAAAUGACUACGGUGGCGACUACAAGGGCAAGUACAACGACCACUACAACGACUACGGCAGCGGUCGUGAUGGACCGUCUGGGUACGUCUCUGAGAAGGUCUGGUCGUCGACGCUACCGUCUUAUGUGGGCUACAACCUCGAAAACGAGUUUGGGUUUUACGACGAUUGCAACAUCCACGUCCUGAGGUAUAACCCCACGCCAGACACGAUUCAGAUUGUGUGGUUCUACAGGCUUCCGGACAACGGCGAGAGUGAAGUUUACUCUUACUAA